AAAGAUAACAAACUAUUUUGUUCUAGAAAAUUCUAUUGUUUGUACCACCCUCCCCGCUCUGCCCUGCGUUAUCGCAAUUUUGACCAUCGAGCCGUACCGGGCCUGUCGCGUUUUUCGUCGUACUUGAACUCUCACACAGUACGUAUCGUUGCGUGACCGCGGUUUUCGCCGACGCGUGAGUGUCCGCUGUGGACGAUAAUAUUUUUUUUGUCGCUCUGCGUCGUGUGUGCGCGUUGUUCGGUGCGUUAUUUUUUACACCGUCGUGUGUGCUUUGCCGCCGGUCGGUCCGUUGCCGUCGUGCCUGUUUGCUGCUGGUCGGCCCUUUCACCUUCGUGCGUGUUUGCUGCUGGUCGGCUCUUUCGCCGUCGUGCGUGUUUGCUGUUGGUCGGCCCUUUCGCCGUCGUGCGUGCUUGCUGUUGGUCGGUCCCAGUGUGACCGAAAUUGUGUGCCGCCGGUCCAUGCUGUGCAGUUGGCUCUCCUGCAGUUGGUGAUGUUUUACCUUUUUAUCAACUUUUAUGUGAAUAGAUUACUACAUAUGUAUAUAUUUGUUCUAUUUUUCUUUUAUCUCGUAUUACUUGUAUUUUAUUAAUUUACAUUUGUGUGUUUAUGAUAGACGAGGGCGCCCAUUCUUUUUUUUUCUAUUCUGUAUAAUAAUUUUUCUUUAUUAUUAUUAUUAAAGUGUUGUAGGCCCAACACCGGCCAUUCAUUAAUUGUAUUUUUAUUUUUAAUAUUAUUGGUCACCCGCACAUACAUAAAUAUUCUAAGAUUUGUCUUACGGAAAAAUAAAUAAAUAAAUAUUAUAUCUUUUGGAUUCAUUAAAGUCUAUAAGAUGUUUUCCUUUUCCUUGAUUGUUGUGACUGUUCUGAAGAUUCAACUAUAUUCGGUCGUCUGGUGCCGACCAAUACCUAUCACCGAGCCCACAGUGCAAUUGCCCUCCAUCGAUAAUGUGGAACGAUGCACAGAUGCACCUAGAACUAACAAACCCUCGGAAAGUCUUGAUAAUUCGGAUACCACGAUGGUAUAUCCAACUGGCGGAACCGGUUUGUUCCGAAAUCCUUUGGAAGUAUUGGGUUCCUUAUUUCCGACGAGCAAGUCGAUAAACACUUGCGAGAUAUUGAUUACUUUGCAAGCAAACACGGCAUCGAACAUACGGUUUUCGGAAAGAGGCCGGAAGGUGUGCUCAGAAGUGUGCCGUCAGUACCAGAAGAACAUGAUCACUAACGGUCCCGUGGACGUGAAUUUGUUGCAAGGGUACUGCGACUACUCCAACAGCGGUAAUACGAUUGAACAGACCGAUUUGGCGACUUCUUGCACCUGCGUGUUCAGGGUUGUGUGUAACAACAAGACUACGAUGGUUAUGUACACGUUUCAAGCAAAUAGCGAUGGUUAUCUGAAGGUGUCCAUGUCCGAACCGAAUAAAUCGCAAUACAUUACUUAGAAGGAGAUGGAAGAAAUAAUUUAGUCAUGUUCUAGUUGUAGAUAAACGAAUGUUGUUAUUAUUAGAGGAGCUCACAACAUAGGUAAAAAAAAUUCUUUAAAUUGUUUUCAAAUGUUAAAAUUCUAUUGCUAUGGCUAUGAUUUGGUGAAAUUCCGAUUUGAAAAAAGUUUAAGAGAUAUUAAGAAUUUUAAAAUAGCCGCGUGACGUCACUGGGCCCUACUCAUUGUAAUUGCCUAUCUUAUACGUGUAAAAGUUCCUCGUUUCACACAACGAUUUACCAACCUAAAAAUUUCUAAAAUAAAAUGUUUAGGUUGGUAAAUCGUUGUGUGAAGCGAGGAACUUUACACGUAUAAGAUAGGCAACUACAAUGAGUAGGGCCCAUUGACGUCACGCGUAUUUUUUCAAUUGCUCAUUACUUAUUGAAUAAUGUGAGUUAGAAACGUAAAACCUAUAUCAUUAUUUUUAAAAUUGAACAUUCCUUCAAAUAAAAAAAAACAUAUUUUUGUGUUGUGUGGUCCUUUAAAUUAAAAAUAACACUAUUUUUUUUUAUAAAAAAUAUAUUAUUAUUAAAAUAUAUUUUUUCUUCUCCUUUUCAUUACUUUAACAACGGCGUAGGGUUGUUUUCAUCCUGUACCUGGGUUAUGUAUAAGGUCAUCUCCAUGGACAGACAACUUACUGCUAACCGUUAUGGUGAGCAGUCUUUAUAUAUAUCCAUUUUAUAAUUGUAUAAUAAUAUAGUAUAAUUUAUUGUACGAAUUAAUCA